GCAGAAACAUGCUCCUACGGCACUACAUGUGGGUGUGGCGAGGUUGUUGACUACACUGAUCACAUCAUCCGCAAUGUUUUAGUUAAUGGCCUCUACGACCCCGACAUCCACAAGGAGGUACUGGGAACAUUAGACAUCUUGAGCAAACCAGUGAAUGACGUCAUCGCUCUUGUAGAACAGAAGGAAAUAGUGCAAAAUGCCCUACCCAUGUCAAACCUUUCAGCACUGUCAGCCUUCCAAUGCCUCAAGACCCAGGCCAGUCCUACCCUUAUCCCAUCCCAAGUGGAUCAGAAUAGAGAAGCCACAUGCCCUGAAUGUAUGGGCUCCUUCAAGGUCCUCACAUAA